AUGGACCCCCCAUCUAUUUGCACAGCCAUACACCCCAGCCUAUCUCCUUGCUAUCAACCACUCCCCGGCUACUUCAAUGCAUACCUUCAGCAGUUCGCUGGCAGCCUCUUCCUUGAGCCUGCAACCACCCAUGCCAUGCCCCCCAUCAGGAAUGUCCCAGUCUCCAUAUCCCUCCACGUAAAGAACCUGGUGCCAUCUAUCUAUCUCUACUAUUUCGACGAGUGUCUCCUGCUGGAGGCCUACCAACAAACUUUAGAUUUGGCCCACCUGUGUCUGUAUAACAUCCCUAUCGUGCUCGUCGACCUUCAGCACCAGAUAUUUGAGAUCAGAAUCCCAGGCAUCAAGGAUGAUGCCCCGGCCAUCGAGCUCGGGGACACCGUGCUCGUACGCCAGAUACUGCACUCUCCAAACCAGAUGACCAGAGGAGUGGAGUGGCUGGCAAGUAACCAGCCAACUCUCACAGGCUCAAUUGCCCCAGGGUUCAACGGCCAACAGCUUCACGCAGUCGUAGUGGGUGUAUACAGAGCCAAGGAGAUCGUCAGGCUACGCAUUGAACAUUUCGAUAUGUCCAUAAGCUCCACAUAUUCCUCCUGGCUUGCCAAUAUACUCUUCACUGUCCAGCCUAAUCGCUACGUGCCGCUCUGGGAGUCGAUAAUCGCCAUUGAGAACGGCUGGAACUGGCCACAGUCUUCUCCUUUUAUCUCUGGAGGGCUUUCUGGAAACCUUCAAGAUGAGUCCAACUGGUAUCGCCACAUGCUCUUCCCCGAACCCCAACAUGGAGUUAUGCAAAACAGCCUCCCAAAGGGUGUCUUUAACCUUCAUUGGGUAGAUCCCGAUCUCAACUAUGAACAGAUGAAGGCCGUGGAUUCCAUAAUUUCUAGGAACUAUGGCAACGUCCCUUUUCUGAUAUCAGGUGUCCCUGGUUCAGGCAAGACAAAGACGGUCGUGGAGUGCACUAUGCAGCUUUUGAACUGUUCCUCCGAUAUUGAGCCCCAUAUUUUGCUUUGCGCACCAUCUAACCCUGCCGCUGAUACUCUAGCAAACCGUCUUGCGCACCAUCUUAAACCAGGUGAAAUGUUCCGGUUGAACGGAUGGGCAAGGACGUUUGCGGAGGUUCCCAGUGGGCUGCUACCUUACACGUACAUAGAUAACGACAUGUUUUCCCUUCCCAGUUUUAAAGCCAUGAUGAACUACAAAGUUAUUGUUACAACAUGCAGGGACGCAGAUAUGCUCGUCAAGGCUCGAUUGACCAACCGAGAUCUCAUGAAACUUGCAUGCGAAACCGUGUCUACAGUCUCACCAACAACGCCCAUCAAUGCGCAAGACAUGCUUCAUUGGACGGCACUGCUGAUUGAUGAGGCGGCACAUGACACCGAGCCUGCAGUAUGCAUUCCGCUAACAGUAGUCGCAAACCCUCUAUCUAUCCACGAGUCCGCCAACAACACAAAAUCAAGUCUGCCAUUAUUCGUAAUGGCAGGUGACCACCAUCAGCUAGGCCCUCGGAUUUACAACCAUGACACUUCACUUUCCAUCUCACUUUUUGAGCGACUACUCUCUCGCCCAUUCUACGCAGAUCACCCGCUCUCUCGUCGCAAUGCAGGACCAUAUAAGAAACUUAUUCAAGAGAUGCUUCCAAUUCAACGCCCCGCAUUUACGAAUCUCACACGUAAUUAUCGUUCUCAUGCUGCCAUAUUGCCUGUCCCAUCUGUCUUGUUCUACAGUGACACCCUUAUCCCAUGUGCUCUCCCUACUAACCCGGAUGGGCCCGUUCCUACCUGGCCCGAGUGGAAACCCCCAUAUCGCUGGCCGGUACUAUUCAGCUGUAACUCCUCGUUGGAUAAGGUAGAAGAAGCUCUCCACCGGUCUGCAGGGAAUGGUGUUUACAACCCUGGGGAGGCCUUACUAGCCUUAUAUUACGUGAAGUCCCUCCUUCGCCAUUCUGACGUGCUUAACAAUGACAAACCAAAAUCUCCAGCCUUGUCCAUACUUCCCAAGGAGAUUGCUAUAAUAUCCCCCUUCAGGUCCCAAGUCUCCCAUCUUAGACAUGUUUUCCGCUCCCACAAUCUCCAUUCUGUCAACAUCGGUCCUCUAGAAGCAUUUCAAGGUCUUGAAGCCCGCUUCCUCGUCAUCUGCACAACGCGCACUCGGUCCGGCCCACAGUUUGUAAAGCAAGACCAAUCACUUGGCUUAGGGCUGGUAGGAGAGAAAAAGCGGUUCAACGUUGCGCUCACCCGAGCCAAGGAGGGAGUCGUUGUAAUAGGAAACCCGAAUGUUCUCGUUGAUUCGGGAAAAGAUGAAACAUGGCGAGAGUUCUUGAGUUAUUGCGCGAGAAACGGAUGCUGGGCAACUGAAGAUAGCCCUCAGCUUGAACGGAGUGGAACACUCCUCCAGGAUUAUGAAGUUCACUCUGCCCAGGAAAACACAAAAAAGAGCGCUAGGUGGUGGGCUAACAAGCUCGCAGGAGCCAGUGUUGACAGCGAUAAUGAUGUUGAUGACCAGGAGAAUAAUACGCACGACACCUAUAAUGAACAUAAUAUAGGAGAAAAUAACGAUGACUAUACUAAUGACAGAAAUAAUGCAGAUAUCAGACUCUCCGGAUACGUCAGCCGGUUAGAAAGAGGCCUUCUAUACGAACAAAUACAACAGACCAAUUCAAGAAAUGGGAGCCAGCCCCUUGAAAACAAAACUGCCACUACUCGCGGUCAUGCUUUAUAUAUCAAUGGCCCGGAUGAUUAUGACUCUGCAAUGUGGACAGCAGGCAUUGCUGCUGAGGAAGUUCUCAGAGGCGCAUUGGACAUAUGA